GAGUCGGCUGUCGUGCGAGCCGAUGAUGAGCUGCAGAUUGGCGGCGGCGGCGGCGCCUCCGUCGUCGUCGUCGUCGUCGUCCACGCCCACGGCGGCGGCCACCAUCAUCACAACCAAUACCGCGCCCAACGCGACAAUGUCCGCCAACAACUCGGGCCGAGGGUUCGUCGACCAGCAGCACCACAUCCACAACCUGCACCAGGGGUCCCUGGAGGACCAGGGCAUCGAUCUCACCCAGAGCCCGGGACGAGAAAGUCCGAGCAGUUCUGGCAGCAGCAGCAAUUCCGCCGGAGGAACGGCGUCCCUGUCGCAAGUCAGCCGCCACUCGAUUUCAUCCUCGGACUCGGGACGGGCGUCGUCUUCAGUCAUGGUGUCAGUGUCGCCGCAUCAGUUCCAGCAGCAGCAGCAACACAGUGGCGGCCAAUUGCCGCCUUCCGGGCCCCUCUUGCUCCACAACAACGCCCACAAUCUUCAUCAUCUCCAGCAGCAGCAGCAGCAACAGAGUCGACUCUCGUUCCGGUCUUCGUUCACGUCGUCGUCGUCGUCGAGUCUGGGGUCGUCCGUCGACGGCGGCGGAGACGCCGCGUCCACGAGCCUCGUGACGCCCAUCAACGUGCCGUAUCUCCUGUCAAGAGGUGUUAGGGACUCGGAAGUGCUGAAUGUGUGGCUGACGGACCUGAGGUUCGAGGAGUACUACAAUCUAUUUCUGAGAGCUGGUUACGACAUGCCCACCAUUUCCCGGAUGACCCCGGAAGACUUGACAGCUAUUGGAAUCACAAAACCGAGUCACAGGAAGAGGUUGAAAGCUGAAAUCGCAAAGUUGAAUAUAUCCGACGGCCUGCCAGAUUAUGUUCCGGCGAGCCUGGCCGAGUGGCUGGGUGCCAUUGGACUGUCGGAGUACCUGCCGUUCCUGGUGCAGCAGGGCUACGCGACGGUGGAGCAGGCGACGGAGUUGCAGUGGGAGGACCUGGAGGAGAUCGGCAUCUCGCGUCUGGGCCACCAGAAGAAGAUCAUGCUGGCCGUCAAGCGAGUCAAGGACAUUCUGAGUGGGAAACGUCCGCCGGGCAAAUUGCUGCUCACCAAUCAUCAUCACCAAGUCCACCAGCACCAGUUGCACCCGUCCUCGGUGUCCGCCGUGUCGCCCGCCUUCUGUGAUAGCAAAUCCAAGGGUUUCCAGGAAACUGUUGCCAUAAACACUUACGGGUCCUCGCCGAUCAUCGUGGACGGUGUGGUGUCGGGCGGGAAUGGGGCGUCGCUGCCCAUUGUGCCGUCGUCGUCGUCGUCAUCAUCGUCGCCGUCGUCAAUGCUGCACCAGCAAAUGCGGACGUUCCACCAGGAACAGCCGUCGUCCUGUUCUUCUUCGUCUUCUUCUUCCUCGUCGUCGUCGUCUUCAUCCUCGUCGACGCCGUCUUCAACCAUGACCAGCGGCGUCGGUGGCGGUCAUUACAAGACUCCUGGCACGCCGCCGCAUCGGAUCGCCCUGACGUCCAAGUAUUUCCCCAACAACAACAACAACAUGGGCUUCCAGUCCGCUGCACCAGCACCUAUUUCUAUGGGGUUUCCCAGGCCUCAGGGUCUCAUCAGUGUGCAGGUGCAUGGCAGAGGGAACUCAGUGGAGAGCUUGGAAGGCGGCUGUUUUCAUCAUCCGCAGCCCAGACAUAGUCCAGGGAUUCCGUCCCCGGCAUUCGGGCCGUCUCUUUUCCAACAACAACAGCAACAACAGUCGUCAUUAUCUGGAGGAAGUUUUCACCAGUCUCAAUUCGUGUCUCCGUCCGGCCUCGUGCCCAUGCCCAAGUUGAGAACGUCUCCAGGGACGCCGCCGUCGAUGCACUGGCAGCAACAGAAUGGCGUCGUCGCGGGGGAUCCGCUACAGCAGCAGCAACAGCCUGGCUACACCAACGGGGUUCUCGACUACCUUCACCAACACCCUCAGCAGCAGCAGCGCCAGAUGUCGCUGACGAUGAACCAGCAAGUGGUGUCGGGUCACACGUGGCGGCGCUCGUUCGACGACGGAGACAUCACACCGACCAAUGAGAAGAAGCACGCUUUGAUGACCUGCUAUGAACUCGCUGGCGGCGGAACUCUGCCGAGAAGACCGCCUACCACGACGCUGCGCCGGAAGAGCUCGUUGACAGUGUCUGGCCAGGACGGAGGCGGCGGCGGUGUUAUUGGGGAAGACACGAGGGCGGCGCACGACAGCGGCGUCUACGUGGAAGAGGACGUGUGUCGAGGCGGCGAGAUGGCGUCGGUGUCGGCGCGGAAAGUCCCGCCGCCGACGCCGAAGAGGACGGACUCGAUGAUCGUCGUCGCUGGUGGCGUCCAUCACCAGCAGUCGUCCUUGUCGGACUCGCAGCUGAGUCUCUUGCCGCCUCCGCCGCCGCCGCUGCACAGUUCCGACGACUUUCCGAGAGAACAAGGAGAGCGAGAGGAAGAGGAGGAGGAAGAGUUCCCACCGCCGCCGUCACCGCUGGUGGCGCACAGGAAGGUGGCGCCGCCGCCGCCAGCAGCAGGAGUUGCAGCGGCGGCGGCCCUGAGGCAACCAGUUGUUUCUGCUCCCUCGCCACCGUUGGCGAGUGCCAGCGUGAGACACCGGCUUGACGCCUUCCAGAGCGGCACCGCCACUAGCAAGAGAAGACCCAUGUCCAACAAGUCUGCCUCUCCGUCUCCGCCAGACAGCGAGGACUCCUCGGACGUGGAGCACCAGCAUUUGCUGGGCUUCCGUCAAAGGCGCCAAGACUCCAAUGGUUCUUUCAAGUCAACUUCAAGCACUGAAUCGGACUCGUUGCCCUUUGCCAAUGAGAACGCGGGAACAAUCAAGUCGCGGGCUGGGCGGCAACACUGUCCCCAGUCGCAGGAUGCGGCGGAGGAAACUGCAGGUGGCGCCCAGGCAGCGCCAUCUGGCGGCGCUCACCCGGGGCAUUUCUUUGGGAAGGCAUCUGGUCCACCCAACGACUUUUAUAAUUGGAGUGAUCCUGCAGCUGCUGCAAGAGGGGCGUCAUCUGGAGGAGGAGGAGGAGGAGGAGACGUGCGUGCCGAGUCCGGAGACGUGCUCAACGACAUUGGCAACAUGUUGGCAGACUUGACGGACGAGCUGGACGCCAUGUUGGAGGCGGAGAAUGCGCAACACCCCGCUGGCAACCCUGGGCGACCUCUGCCGUGUCGACGCUGAGAUAUUCCGAUGAGUUCUUUCCAAUUUCUUUUUCUUCGGUGACUCUCUCGCUCUCUCUCUCUGUCCUCAGAUUUCCUUAUUAUUAUUAUUGUUAUUUCUUAUUAUUGCCAUUUGCGAGUAGCAGAGACGAGGGGAAAGAGUCGAGGUUGAGGGAGAAGAACAAGUGAGAAUAAGAUCGGAUCCAUGUUUGUUUUCGUAUUUUUUUUCUCUCUGUACGUCUCUCUCCUUCCUCGGGUCUCUCUGACUCGAGCUGUUGCUGCACCAUCAUCAAGGAGGAUAACAUUCCUGUUCCUAAGUAAUCGAGACAGACAGACUUUUUUUCUCUUCUCAUCAAAGAGCAUAUCUCUUGUUCCAUGCCCCCCCUUUGACCGAAUGUGGCUAUUCGGGGAAUUGUGAAAGCGCAUAUCGCGACGAAUUGCUGUAUCACGAGACGACUUUCGCCCCCUUUUUGAUCCCCCCCGUGCGAUUCGCGGAUUAUUUUAUUAUACAGACUGAAAGAAAGAAAGAAAACGUCGAGGGGGAGUGUGAGUGUGUGUGUUUCGGAUUAUAGUCACGAAACGGGAAAAGAAUUUGUUCUGUUGUGUCCAUGAGGUUUUUUUUUUUUUGAACUUGAAAUCGGGAUGAAAAUAAAAACUUUGCGGUUGACUAAUGAUA